AGGCAGUAGUGUGGGUAGGGUGAGAGGGGGAGAAGAGAGAGAUAGCGAACAGUUCAGUGUAGUCCGCGCACACGAGUGCUUACAACACCUGCACACUUAGGCUAGCACUGUCUUGUCGCCCGUAUACGAGAUGGUGGUGGAAGAGCUGAAACUGCGCAAUGCUACUGUCCCGUAUCAUCUCCGGGACCCCCUGGAGAUCCUGGGGGAGAGGGACUUCAAGCCGGCGCGGCAGAUCCCCGAGGACGUCAAGGGUUCAGAUAUCCAGGAGUUCCUACGGGGAGCUAAAGUGUUACUGACAGGAGCGACAGGGUUCAUGGGGAAGAUGGUUCUUGAGAAGCUCCUGAGAAGCAUCCCGCAUCUAGAACACAUCUACCUUGUGAUCAGACCCAAGAAGGGGCAGGAGGUGAACGAUCGUCUCAACGCCAUAUUCGAGGACAGGGUGUACCGAAGGCUGAAGACCGAAGUGCCCUGGUAUCGGAGCAAGGUGACAGCCGUUGAGGGUGAUGUCUCUCUGCCAGGACUGGGCUUGACUCCUCAGGACCGCCAGACCCUUGUGGACAAUGUCACAGUGGUCUACCACGGCGCCGCCACAGUGCGGUUCAACGAGCAUAUCCGCGCCGCAACCGCCAUCAACGUAUUGGGCACCAGGGAGAUGCUGGCAUUAGCCCGGGAGAUGACCAAUCUCAAGUCAAUCAUCCACGUAUCGACAGCGUUCGCUAACUGCAACCACCUCCACAUAGAGGAGAGGUUCUACGACAUGCCGACAUCAUAUGAAGAGAUCAUCCAACUUCUGAAGAGUAAAGAUGACGCGGAACUGGAUGCUCUGACACCUAGCCUGUUGGGCGACUGGCCCAACACCUACACUUUCACGAAGGCUCUGGCUGAACAGGUAGUGUCCAAGGAAGGGAUAGGCCUGCCUAUAGCUGUGUUCAGACCUGCAGUAGUUAUAUCCUCGUACAAAGAACCGGUCAGAGGGUGGAUAGACAAUGUAUACGGACCCACGGGCCUGAUGGUUGGUCUCGGCACGGGCGUCAUUCACACGUACUUCGGCGAUGAGACACACAUCACGGACAUCGUCCCUGUCGACCUGGUCACCAACGCUCUUAUAGCAACUUCCUGGAGGGCCGGCACACACAUUGAAGGCGAUAUCCCCAUCUUCAACUUCGUGAGCUCCACCCAGAAUCCCAUCAGUUGGAAGACAUUCCACGUCUUGGCUCACCGCUACGGUCCAAACUGGCCUACACUGCACGCCGUAUGGUACUAUUUCUUCAUGAGCUUCGAGAACCCAUUGUGCUUCACCAUUGCGAACUUCUUAUUUCACACCUGCUUCGGAUAUAUCAUGGACGGACUGGCAAUAUUAACCGGCCGCAAACCUAUGCUGACAAACAUCUACAGAAAACUGGACAAAUUCGCAGACACCAUGACGUACUUCGCCAAUCGCAUUUGGACAUUCAAGAACGAUAACACACAGAUGCUAUGGCGGUCGUUGAGUGACAAGGACAAGAAGCUGUUUUUCUUCGACAUGGCGCAAAUGUCCUGGGAGUACCACGCUCAGGCUCUGUGUCUAGGACUGAGAGUGUACCUACUCAAGGAUGACGUCGACACUCUGCCCAAAGCUCGCAGGAAGUGGAACAGGUUAUACUGGCUCCACAUAGCUGUCACUACGAUAUUGUCCCUCAUAACCCUCAAGAUCGUCGUCACAAUUCUGCGAUACAUACCGCUGUGAGAAAGCUCGUCUAUAUUUAUUGCACCUCAUCCAUGUUCGUCGAACGUAUCAGUAAAGUAUUACUGCUUACUGCCAAUCACAGUACUGUUUGAUACUAGCUGAAUACAGUUAGUAUCAGUAUAUGACACAGACUUUGUAUUUAUGAAAUGGACAGUUUGUUUCUGUAGUGAUGCCUUUCAAGCAUUAGUAAGAAUUCAAAAGGUCAAUGAAAACAUAACAUUUCUCGUCCUCAAUACAAAGAAUAAAUUAAGAAAAUGUUAAUCACAUCUACAAAUUGAAUGUGAAACAUGUAAAUCAAGAUCUACAAUCAUGGUUUUUACGAAUAGUUCACUAUUUCGAUUAUGCUGUACCUUAAAAAUAUGUUAAGAGUACGGUACUUUAUUUGUACAAAAUGUACCCGAAACGUACGCUUGAGAGGUGGAAUGUAAGUUAUUGAGAAUGUACCGUUCAGUUGAGAGUAGUCAAAAUGCAAAUGCUGACGUGGCAGUAAUUAUUAUAUCUUUACUGUGAUAGACUAUAGCUAUAGUGUAAUCAUCUCUUGCCAAUAUUUAGUGUAAGCCGAUCUUCUGUAAGACACAUUAUUUUGCUAGCCAGUCAAAAUAAGCACUACAUUUUGUAAAAUAGAUUUAAGAGCUGUACAAUGUAUUCUAGUACCAAAAUGGAACCUAGUGAAAUAAAAAUUGGUUUACAAAAAAGGUUCUGAAACUUGAAACAAGUAUACCGAUUUCAACAAUCACAAAAUUAACAAACUUGUUCAAUAAUUAUGUUUUGUACUAUAUAAUUGUAAUAAAUAAAUGUAUUAAGUAUAA